AUGGCAAGUCAUGGAAUCUCGCGAGGCUCAGAGCCGGUGGUUCGCACAGAAGAGGCGCGACAGAAGGAGCUGCAGCAAAUUGAAGCCUACAAGGACUUGUCCGAUCUCGUCAAUACCAAGGUCGCAGAGCGGCAGUACACAAUAGAGGUCCUCGGUCUGAUCACGAAGCUUCUGAACGAAAACCCUGAAUACUACACAAUCUGGAACCACCGAAGACGGGUCUUGAUUGCGUUGGUCACUGAAGAAACACAAUCACCCGACGAAUUGUUACAGGGCGAAUUGCAGCUGACGUUCGUGUUGCUGCGUAAAUUUCCCAAAUGCUAUUGGAUCUGGAAUCACAGGGAUUGGGUGCUGCAGAAGGCAGAGUCGUUACUAGGACCAGAUGCAGCACAGAAGCUCUGGUCUGGGGAAUUGCAAUUGGUUAACAGGAUGCUACAUGCUGAUAGCCGGAACUUUCACGCCUGGGACUAUCGACGUAUCGUAGUGUCCAAGAUCGAGCGUCUAGUCUCUCUCACGGAUCCUGCAGACGCCAGCUCCAGCCUUACACAGCCCGAGUUCGACUAUACCACCAGAAUGAUCAAGACCAAUCUCUCCAACUUCUCUGCCUGGCACAACCGCAGCCAGCUUAUUCCUCGGGUCCUCCGCGAGCGUGAUGCAGAUGCAAAGGCACGCCGCGCUUUCCUGGCAUCGGAGCUGGAACUCAUCUGCGAAGCCAUCAACACUGAUCCAUUCGAUCAGUCCAUAUGGUUUUAUCACCAGUAUCUCAUGUCGACAAUAUCUCCGUCCUGCUCUGCAGAGAGCCGUAUCGUCCAGGAUCUGACCAAUGGCGAGCGGCAAAAGUACUAUGAGAACGAGGUGGAGUACAUCAAGGAGAUCUUAGAGGACGAGGCGAAUUGCAAGUGGAUAUAUGAGGGCCUACUCGGACUUGCAGAGGCGUACUUGGAGGUCGACGCAGGGACAGGGGCGGUCACGACGAAAGAUAUGAGGACGUGGCUGGCCCAGCUGAAGCGCCUCGACGGAAUGCGGCGAGGCCGAUGGGAGGACCUGGAAAGAAGGCUGCAGCUGUGA